AGUGUAGUUGAGUACAAUCAGCUCAGAGGAUUUUCCUCACCCCCUUGACACCAUCAAAAACUAAGGCCAACGCCGUGAAACAUCAUGUCGACUGAACAAGCUAACGGAACAACUAUUGAGGAGAAGAAGGACAAAGUUGCCGAGGUGACCGAGAAAUUGGACAACCUGGCCGUCGACACUACCAACGAGGCGAACGAUGCAAAGCAGCCAGCACGUCGUGGCGGAUUCCGCGGACGAGGACGUGGUCGUGGUCGCGGAGGACACUUCUACCAACCAAGACCACCAUAUGAGGAUCAGAUGAAGAAGCUCGAGGAGGAUCUUGCAUCGAAGAAGGUCAUCGAGACCGGUGUCAAAGGACACGUCAAAUGGUUCUCCGUUCGUGGACGCUACGGAUUCGUUGCUCGUGAUAAGCCAACCGACGAGAAUGAGGACUUCUUCGUCCAUCAGACCGCCAUCACCAAGUCAAGCACCAUUAAGUUCUAUCUCAGAACUCUCGAUGACGAUGAGCCAGUCGUCUUUGACAUUGUCGAAGGACUCAAAGGACCAGAAGCCGCCAACGUGACUGGACCAGAUGGGGAGAAUGUUCGUGGAUCGAGAUUCGCUCGUACUUUGCUCACCCAUUGGAGAACAAGAGGACGUGGUGGUGCACGAGGACGCGGUGGACGAGGACGUGGUGCUCCACGUCAGACACGUGACCAGGACGGAGAUGAGAAAGAUGAGAAGGAGAAGUCGGACACCAUUGAGAAUAGCGGAGACGGAGAAACUCGCGGAAAGCGUCGCACUCGCCGCCACGGAAAGCUCCAGCCAGAUGCUCCAUCCGGCGAGAAGGGAGACGGUGAUGCUGCCGCUGCCACUACCGAUGCUGCUCCAGCCGCCGAGAAGAAGAAGAAACGUCAGCGCAAGGGAAAUAAAGAGCCCACCACCACCACUGAGCAGAAGGAAGAGACCGCUGCUCCAGCUAAAGCUUAGGCUUCUAGCUGUUGACACCUACCAUCAACUUUUGUUAUCUAAUUAAACACCUUUUGUAUUGAGAACAGUCCCAUUUCUUGAAUUGUAUAGCUGAUCCUUUCGAAAAGCCCAAAAUUUCCAAAAUUUGUUCUGCACGAUUUAUAUCCACUCAGUUCUUUGGAAUUCAAUUUCGAGAACUUUUUGAGUUUAUAUUAAGUAAAAGUUUCAAUGCAAA